AUUAGCUUCCCUUAAACGAACGGAAAGGAGAGCAAGCAAAGCCACCUCGCGGGAUCAGUCACGAGGCCCGACUGACCAGAACCACCUCCACCGCAUCCCCUCACGCCCCCGCGCGCUGUCGAAUUGGCCGCCGGCGAGAUGGCGACGCCGACGCCUCUCACCGUGGAGGACGUGCUGCGCGUCAACGGCAGCCGCCGCUUCGCCGCCGCGAUGGCGGCCGCCUCCCCCUUCACCUCCCUCGCCGACGCCCUCCUCGCCGCCCGCCGCAUCUGGCUCAACGAGGUCGAUGUCAACGGAUGGCUCGAGGCCUUCGCGGCGCACCCGGCAAUCGGAACCACCUCCCCCUCCGUCUCCAAGUGGAGCAAGGAAGAACAAUCGGCAGCUAUCUCCACAGCCACAGAUUCGACUUCCCAGGAGCUGGCAGAGUGGAAUGCCAAGUACAGGGAGAAAUUCGGCUUCGUGUUCAUGAUUUGCGCGUCUGGGAGGACUGCACCUGAAGUCUUGGCUGAGCUUAAGAGACGUUAUGUGAAUAGGCCAAUUGUUGAACUUGAGGCUGCAGCACAGGAAGAACUUAAGAUAACUGAACUGCGUCUUGCAAAGCUUUUCUCAUCAGAGCCGACUGUUCCCUCUACUACUACUAAAGCCCCCAACAUCCAAUCAGAUAAAGCAGCAGAUCGCAUACGGAUUAUUGGAGCACAUCUUGGAGCUCUCCCCCAGCCUUGUGCCAAUAAAGCUCCUGACAUUACAGGUAGCUCCAACCGAAGUCGGCCCCCCAUUACAACCCAUGUGCUGGAUGUUGCCCGUGGAUCCCCUGCUUCUGGAAUCGAAGUUCAUCUGGAGAUGUGGAAGGAUGUUUCAGCUCCUCCGUCGUUCAGCAACAAAGAUUUCAGUGGAUGGGCAACUCUUGGCACUUCAGUUACAAACAAUGAUGGCCGCAGCGGUCAGCUGAUGGACAUUGUUGACAAUGCCGCUCCUGGUUUCUACCGCAUAAGCUUCAACACUGGCAAGUAUGCGCCUGCAGGGUUCUUCCCUUAUGUCAGCAUCAUAUUUGAGAUCAAAGAGAACCAGACGGCAGAGCACUUCCAUGUUCCUCUCUUGCAUUCCCCUUUCUCCUUCACCACUUACCGUGGUAGCUAAGUUGUUAUGUACGUGUAAUUACCUCAGCUUGUUGGUGUGUUUAAGACAGCCGUGUAAACUUGACACUUCCAUUGCGAUGAAUAAUCUUGUUCCAUGUAGGCAGGCUUUAAACUUUAAAUACGAAUAUUGUUGCUGUUGCUGCCUA